UUAUUAAAUGCCAGCUAAAUUAUGUUCAAAUUUGUCAAAGGGUGGCUGGUUGGCAGUGCUGUGAUGAACACAUGGUAAUGCCUGCACUACAACUCGUGAGUGGCUUACCUGUGAAAACCCAAAAACAAAAACCCUUUUCCGAGAUCAAAAAUCUUGCAUCAAUUUCUGUAAAAACUUGUUUGUUUUGGGGAUUUUUGGGUAUUUUCAAGAAUCAAGAUCUAAGAACAGAAAGAGGGACAUGGCAACUUUUGCAGGGACAACCCAAAAAUGCAAGGCCUGUGAGAAGACUGUGUAUUUGGUGGAUCAACUUGCUGCUGACAAUAAGGUUUAUCACAAAGCUUGUUUUAGAUGCCACCACUGUAAGGGUACUCUCAAGCUGAGUAAUUACUGUUCCUAUGAAGGAGUUCUAUACUGCAAACCGCACUUUGAUCAACUUUUCAAAAUGACUGGCAGCUUAGAUAAGAGUUUUGAAGGGGCACCUAAAAGUGCUAGAGCUGACAGAUCCGCCGAGCAUGGCCAUACAAGUAGCAAAGCUUCAAGCAUGUUUGGAGGAACUCAAGAUAAAUGUGUUGCUUGCAAGAAAACUGUUUACCCUCUUGAAAAGGUGGCUGUUGAUGGAACUUCAUAUCAUAGGGCUUGUUUCAAGUGUAGCCAUGGGGGCUGCGUUAUAAGUCCGUCAAACUAUGUAGCCCAUGAACAUCAACUGUACUGUAGGCACCAUCAUACUCAGCUUUUCAAACAGAAAGGCAACUUCAGCCGACUGGACAAGCAUGAGCAAGCUAUAGAGGAAAACGGGUCAGACUAAACCAAUAAUAAGAAGCUUGUAGGUCAAGAAAUGCGGUGCCGAAGCCAGAAGCAACUGCAUGCAACUGCAGAAAAAACCCUUUUGACUGUUUGAGAGUAAUUUCUUUUUGUUGUUGAUCGUGAAUUGUUUCUUUUAAGUAACUAUACUGUCAGUUUUUGCCCUUGAAUGGACUGUGUGUACACUGUAAUAUAUUUGCCGUGCUCUUGUUUGAAGCUUGAAAUAGGGUUUUGUGACAUAAGAAUCUGCUCAUUUGAUUACUUUUUUCAUCCUUGUGCUUUAUCACAUGGAAAGCCCCUCUAAAUGCCAAAAUUUUGUUUACGUCGCUAAUUCAGUUGAA